GAACGUCCAGAUUAUAUGGCUCUGGGGCCUGAAUAUCUCUCUCUCUCUCUCUCUCUCUGUCUUUUUUUUUCAUCACAGAUUUUCAUAAACAAUGAAUGGCAUGAUGCAGUCAGCAAGAAAACCUUCCCUUCUGUCAACCCAGCAACAGGGGAAGUUAUCUGCCAGGUUGCUGAAGGAGACAAGGAGCUGGAAACUCUGGAUAAUGGCAAACCGUACUCCAUCUCCUACUUAGUGGACCUGGACAUGGUAACAAAAUGCAUCAGGUACUACGCUGGCUGGGCUGACAAAUAUCAUGGGAAAACCAUUCCUCUUGAUGGAGACUUCUUCACUUACACAAGACAUGAGCCAGUAGGGAUCUGUGGACAGAUCAUCCCGUGGAAUUUCCCACUCCUGAUGCUGGCGUGGAAAAUCGGGCCUGCCUUGGCCACGGGGAAUGUGGUUGUGAUGAAAGUGGCUGAGCAAACACCCCUGACGGCUCUUUAUGUGUCCAAUCUGAUCAAAGAGGCUGGAUUCCCGCCAGGGGUGGUUAAUAUCAUUCCUGGCUACGGGCCCACUGCAGGGGCUGCCAUUGCAUCCCACAUGGAAGUAGAUAAAGUGGCCUUCACUGGCUCCACUGAGGUUGGACAUCGGAUCCAGAAGGCUGCAGCAGAGAGUAACCUGAAGAGAGUGACGCUGGAGCUAGGAGGGAAGAGCCCAAAUAUCAUCAUGUCUGAUGCUGAUAUGGACUGGGCUGUUGAGCAAGCCCACUUUGCCCUGUUCUUCAACCAAGGCCAAUGCUGUUGUGCUGGAUCCCGGACAUACGUCCAAGAAGAUAUAUAUCAUGAAUUCAUAGAGAGAAGCGUUGAGAGAGCCAAGUCCAGGGUGGUUGGAAACCCAUUUGAUUUUCAAACUGAACAGGGACCACAGGUAGAUGAAGAGCAGUUUAAGAAAAUCCUUGGUUACAUUAGCACUGGGAAGCAGGAAGGAGCCAAGCUACUCUGUGGUGGCAAUCCUGCUGCAGACAGGGGCUAUUUCAUCCAGCCGACUAUCUUUGGGGAUGUGCAGGACAACAUGACCAUUGCUACAGAGGAGAUAUUUGGGCCAGUCAUGCAGCUCUUGAAGUUCAAAACCAUUGAGGAAGUCAUUGAGAGAGCAAAUAACUCGAAGUAUGGUCUGGCGGCAGCAGUUUUCACAAAAGAUCUUGACAAAGCAAACUACGUGUCCCAGGCAUUGCGGGCUGGAACUGUCUGGGUAAACUGUUACGAUGUGUUUGGUGCUCAGGCCCCAUUUGGUGGGUACAAAGCAUCUGGGAAUGGGCGAGAAUUGGGGGAAUAUGGCUUGGAGGCAUAUACAGAAGUGAAAACGGUAACAAUCAAAGUUCCACAGAAGAACUCUUAAGGGACACACUAAUUGCUCCAUGCAUCUGAAACCUUCUAUGCAGUUGAAGUUUAACAGAGUGAGUUGGGAAAACUCUUCCGAGAGCAAGCAAACCUGAAGUCCAUAUGUGCAAAGCACAUAUAACUUUUUUUUAAUGUUAAACAAAAUUCUUUAGAAAGUGCCUGUGGCAAUUUCUUGUUCUCUGCUUGUCUGAAAUUUCACUUAGCUUUAAUUUUUUUUAUACCAAAUGUAAUUCUCUGAACACUAGUGUUACACAUUUGGGUAACCUCAUUUGCAUUUAUCUGAAGAAACCAAUGUACUUUUUUUGGAAGUCAUUUGAGUGUUUUAUGAAAAUACCAUUACUAUAGAUUGCCAAUUGUUUAUAACUGCUUUAUGGAAUAUUUUUUUGGAAUAAAUCUAUUUCCCUGACUUGAGAGUGUUAUCACUGGCAUGCAUGAGCAGAAUUUGGCCCUUUAACCUAGCAACAGACAUUGUGUAACACUGUACCUUCCUAAACCAUUGUUACUCUGAAUGUAUGACUUUUUGAUUAUCUACAGUAAUUCAAAUUAAGUCUAAAUGUGUCGUCUCUUACAGAGUUCUGUGAAAUUUCUUGUACUAUGUACCUUUUCCUAAUAAACAUACUAGUGCAUAACC